UUAUGCAUUAUUGCAGCAACAGAACAGCAAAACUGAAGCAAGUAUGGCUGACAGGAAUACAUCACAGAGUGCACAGAAGAGGCAGUUAGUCUCUGUGAUGGAUGUUUCUAGGCCCAUCUUUAAAUUAAAAAACAGCAGUGCAGGAUCUGUGACCUACAGUUGUAUGAUUGCUACACCCUCUGAAUUGUGGGACAUUGGGGAUAUUUCCACGGAGGUGACAAACUCUGCGCCGGGAAUGAUGUCUGAUGAAAGAUCUGUGGCCUCAGAACACGUGGAGCACCAAUGUGGCCCUGACAAACUGAUGGAUAGUUCAGUGGAUGACGAUGAGGCCCAAGUAAGAAUUCCUGAAUUUCAGAUUAAGAAAUUUGAAGAGCUGCCUGUUGUUGCCACCUAUGUGAUCACCCCAAGCAAUUUCUACAUACAACAUAAAGACACCAACCUACAGGAGCUGUCUCAUAUCAUGGCAAGAAAAAGAUGUGUGUCCUAUGCUGAGAGGAACAGCAUCCCAGAUAUUGGCACUUACGUAAUGGGAUGGUUUCCCGAAGAGAAGUUGUGGUGUCGGGCACAAGUGGCAAAGAUAUGUGGGAUAACCAGAGGUAGUAAUCACUUGUGCAACAGCCUGGAAGGCAUCAAAAACAUUGAAGUGGAGGUCAGGAGAAUUGAUUAUGGAGAUUCAGCUUGUCUUUCUCUUUCGAAUAUUAAGGAAUUUUGUAGAGAAGUUGCUAAAAUACCAGUGCAAGCUCUGCAAGUCUCUCUGGCAAAUGUAAACCCAGGGAAUGGAGAGAGCUGGUCUGCUGAGGCAGUCAGCUGGUUCAAAGACAAAGUAAACAGCAGAACACUUUAUGCCAGGCUCUAUCCAGAAGACACUAAGGUUAUGGUGGAGCUCUUUAUGGAGAAAGGGAAGAUUGGGACCAUGAGGAGAGGUGCUUCUCUGUCUCUGAGACUGGCUCAAAAUGGACAUGCCAAGCAUAACAAAUUGAACAUGGCACUAAAAAGAAGUCAUGCCCAAGUGCGAUCAAGACAACACGCAAAGGAGUGGGAAAAGUAUCAUCUCUUGUUGCUCUCAAAACAGAAGAUGACAACUCCUGUAUAUAAGGAAGUCAUUUUUGAUUAGCUGAGCAUCUGUUUUGUUAGAUUAUACAUUGUUUGCCAAAACCUGGGCUUAAGUUUGAUGUGCCUUUUGUAACCUUUGCAGUUUAAUGCUCAGUCUUUACUUUUUCAGUGCUCAUUAAGACUGCUCGUUUGUUUUCAGUGAUACAUUUAAGAUUUGAAGGAUAAUUGUUUCAGUUGACCUUGGAUAAAAUAGACAUGAUUUUUCUUCUGGUCAUACUAAUUUGACUUACCAUUGUUUUAUAUUCUUUAUAUAAUGGAUGGUCCAGUGGUUCCCAAGCUUUUAUCCUGUGUCUUUAUUUGACAAAAAAGUUUUUAAAACUUUGCAUUACACCUCUGAUUUUUAGAUGUUGCAGCUCAUGGCUCCACUUAAUGAGGAUUUGUAUAAUAUGCUCAUUUUGGGCCUCUGGUAACACUGAGGUUAUAUGCUUCACUAGAGGAUGUAUUGUAUGUGACUUUGAUGAACAUCCUGUUUCUGACCACAGAUCAGGUAUUGGCUGGUCUUCAUGAAUGCAGGUUACACACGGUUACUGCACAAAACACACGCAGCAGUGCAUCUGCAUUGUGUUAGUGUAAUGCACACUGCAGGGAGUUAGCAAAGAGGAAAUUGAAAUGCUGUCUUUAUCAAAUAAACCUGUUUUCUCCCCCCAAAUUGUAUCUACACUCAGGCCUUGGGCAUACGUCUACCUGCUAGAUAGUCUUCUCUGCUGUGCAGUCUGGCAUAGGAAGUGAAAAAGCACCCAAUGAAAUACCCACUUCAUGUAUACCUAUGUACAAGUACAAAAAAUACAUAUAGGCAGGCACUGCAUGUAAUUAUUUGGAUUAA